AUGGCAGCAGUCAGGGAGCCAGGGGAGGACAAGGAGGUCCUGUCUCUCACUGAAAUACUCUGGCCAUGUGUGCUUUUCUUGAUUCUGGCUGCAAUCCGCUUUCAGGAGCCCCCAAAAUACAAGGAAAACUGUUACUUAGAAGCUCGGGAUUUACCAAGUCGGGGCCUUUACCCUUUCAUGCGGACCCUUUUCUGUAACGUUGGUUCAAGAUGCAAGAAUACAAGUUACACAACACAGAAAAGCAACCGCUUACGUAUUUCAGGCAUCCAAAGUGGUCCAGAGAGCUUCACAGGACCUGAUCUAGACUUCAUGAAAGAGAUAGAAGAACUUUCAAGGGGAUUUAUUGAGACCACAGAGAAAACCAUGGCUUUGGAAAAGCUAUGGGAGGAAAACGCAAAGUUCUCAGGGCUUCAUAACAUCACUGCUUUUCUUACUAUGGAUUUGAAUGAAGUGGAGGAAAUUAUUUCUAGAGCAGAAAACCUGUACGAGCAACCAUAUUUAUGGAACAUCCUGCAUUCACUCCCUCAUCUUGAAUUGAACAGCUUUUAUACAGAAGAUGGGUUAGCUGCCAUAGCACAGUUUCUGAAAGUUAUUCAAAAUACCUUAGAGUCACUCAAGGAUUUAGCUAUGAUGCCUUUGGGCAAAAGUUUUUAUGAUGUGGUGAAAACAGCACUGAAUUUAACUGCUGCAUCACUACAAGACAAGAGUUUAGAAGGCUUUCAGUAUAAUCUUUCUCUUGGGGAUGUUUUGUGGAAUCCAAAUGCUGUGAGAGCAGAACUUGAAUCCCAGUUUGGUUUUGAUGGUCUUCGUGUUGAGAAACUGCUAAGUUACACAGCACAAUUAACAAAGAUUCCCACAGGAGAGACACUGGAGCAGUUUGUGUGCUCUGCUCUGUCCAGUGUGCCAGGAGAUGAAGGAAACAAAGAGAAUGAUGAAGGGGGAUGUAAUUCUGCAUGGCAUGAGGUCAAAAUGUAUCUUGUUCAUACUGUCAGCAAGCUGAGACUUUAUGCACAGGUAUUAGAGCAAUGGUUCAGCAGCAGCAGGCUCUCUCAGAAACUCCUUUUGGAACUUGAAGGAAACAUAGCUGAUUUAAUGUCUCAGUUCCUAGAUGACAGGGAAGCUGGGAAACUUUUUUCAGAGAUAAAUACUCUGAUUCAGCAACGGAAUGAGAAAUCAGAUGCCUACUUUUCAGGAGGAUAUACUGCAUCUCAUGAUCUAAUCCUUCACCUGGAGACAAUGCAGUCUGUACUUCAGGGUGUACCUCAGUGGCCUGUUACAAAGAGAUUGCUUCUGGUAGAUGGAGCUGUAAGGAACGUGAUAGCACAGUAUUUAUACUUCACUGAAGAAGCUUUGUAUAGCCUGGGAAAGCUUAUUCCCUUCGCCCAAAGAGAUGGAUUAAUUCAUCUAGACAUCAGAAAGCUUUUUGUGGAGAUAAAACAGAUGUUGAUGAGCAGUGCUUCCUAUAUAUGCAAUGAUGUGCUUAAAAUGUUUGAGAAGACCCUGAGACUUCCACAGGGCUCAGAUGACAUUGACAUUUUAGCAAUAUAUGUGUGCCCUGGCAAUGGUUCAGAGGUGAUGUUCAAGCUAAGUAACCAGGUCCAGUCACUAAAUGAAUCUAUCCUGCUUCUGCAGAAAGUAACUCAGGGACGACAGAGCCUGCCAGAUUCAAUAAUGGAGGAUUAUUUGGGAUGGCAAGAAAUAGAAGAACGGCUAACAAAAAAUUAUGCUUAUUAUUGUGAAAUUAAUCAAUCGCUGAGCACAGAGGCACCAUCUGAGGAGGAUAUCCAUUUCAGCUCUUGUCAGGAACAGCUUCUCUUCUCACUAAUUAAUAAUACACUUGAAGAAGUUUUCUUUGCUUUUGAGGGAAACCCAUACUGGAAGGAUUUAACAACUUUUGUUAGUUGGAUGUGCGAAGUAGCUCAAUACAUGAACGAGGAAGCAGGCUCAGGAGGUCAAUCAGAUAGUUCAGAAGCAUCUCUGUGUUCUAGAAAAAAACUUAGUUUUGAGACCAUCCUAGGUCAUUAUUUAGCAUUUCUACAAGACCUACAAGAUUAUUCCUCAGUUGUUUCCUGGGCACGGAUUUUGACAUAUUUCAGAGAGUUUUUGAAGAAUGAUGAAAACUUAUGGAUUUCUGGUGAAAAGGAAAUGGAUCAUAUUUUUCAUCUUCUAAAAGUCAUAGAAGAAAUUAUAAUGCUUGAUUUCUCAGCUUCUUCAAACCAGUCUCUAAUCAAAAAUAUAUUGAAUAACACAAUUAUAUUUGUGAAAAAAUUUGCUGGGGGGAAGGAAUUUGACACCAAUUUCUCAUUUGCAGUUUCUGAACUCCAUAAUGAGCUACAAAAAAAUUUCCAGCCUCGUCAGAGAUUAAGGAUGAAAGAAGAGACAGACGUUUUCUGGCAUAUAGUAAAAAUUGUAUUCUAUGAACUUAAUUCUAGGCUCUCUCAUUUGAGUCAAGUGGAAGAGGACAAGGUACUGCAGACCUUAUAUAGAAUUUUAUCUUCUGUUACAGAAAAUAAAAUCCUUAAUAGAAGUAUGCUAUUGCUCCAAAAUAUCCUGGCUGAUUUGCCAGAGUUAAAUAAUGAUUUGAUCCAUCUAAAACACUUAAGUGAAAACUUCCUCAGGAACCUCCAUGGGGUUGGACCCGUGACUGAUGAUCAUGUCAAUGUGUCUUUCAGCACAACUCAUGGAGUCAGUAAUGCCUCUUCUUUAUUACUCUCAAAUGAAACUUUAUUCUAUAAAGUGCAAGAAUUAGGGGAAAUUGUGCACAAUUUCUUCAAAAACAUCCAAAAAUUAAACAGUACUACUGUGGCCUCUCUUGUUCCGUUACUUUUCUCUCUGUAUCAGAAUGAUGAUCUGCUCUUAAAUAUUGCGAGCAAUAGCACUCUGUUAACGUUUCUUUAUGAGGCUUCAAAAGAGAUUUCAUCUUUUCAAGUAUGGCAUAAUUUCCAAGAUAAGGAGCAAGUUUUUGGUUUUCUGUCUGAAACUUUUGAUCUUCUCUGGAACUUCACCACUAAGUCUCUCUGUGAAAAAUUACCAAUCAUUUACAACUACACAGAAUUUCAGGCCCAGUCUCUUGCACAUAAAGGAACAAAAGAGAUGCAAGUUGUUUAUAACACUCUGACCAGCCUUAGAACUUUGUUUAUAGAUGAAGAGCUCCAAACAGAGGCCUUUUGCUAUUUGGAACAGUUUCUUGGUAUCUCCUCAGAAUGCCUGGUUAAUAAUGGGUGCAUUGAUUUUUAUCUGUCAAACAUUAGUUCUGUAGAUGAUUCAUCAGAAGUUUACAACUUAUUUCUGCUUCCAUUGGACAGUGUUCUGUCUAAUAUAACAGACUUGGGAGAUAAGGUAAGUGUGCCUUAUGCUUUGCACUGCACUUUUACAUGGCUUCAAACCUGGGCAGAGAUUUUUGAAGAAGCAUCCAAAAUCUUAAAUUUGAAUUCAACCUUUUUUGUCUGUCUAAGAAGUGAUUUGGCAAAUCUCUCUGAAAGUCUUUUGAAUGCAACUCAUAUCCAACUCUGCAAUAAUACAGCUAUGGGUAUUGCUGAAGCUACAAGAGCAGCAAUGAAUUUAUUAAAAAUAAUAUUUGAAGGAGGUGAUGAUUUAAAUGACUGGAAAGAUUUUGAAGAUUUCCUUGCUAAUCUUCAAAGUGUAUUUAACAAUGGAGUUGAUGUCACAAGCUCACUUAAAGGUAAAAAUUUAGAAAGUGUGUUAGAAAUUAUGGAAGUCAUGAUAACUGAAUUACAAAAAUCUAUGCUGAAGGUUGCCAAUAAAGAGUUUUUGAAUUCUUGGCUUGAUACUUUAAUCUCAGGAGGAUCCAAGGGAGAAGAUAGGGGUACUAGUGAAUUUUCCAUUGGAAAUUCCCUUUCUACUAUUCUUAAGCUCUCCCAAAAGGAACUUGGAUUUAUUAUCACUGAGAUAAAAGAUGUAACUGCUUUUUUAAAAAGUGUACCUGAAGGCAAAUACAUGGUUUGUAUCAGCAUUUUCCAGAAUAUUACCCAACUUAUUUUGGACAAUACUCUGAAAGACAUAAGCCAUUCACAAACAAAUAUUUCAUCUCAUCUUAAUUACUUUCUAAACUUUCAUAGUGCACUGGAUGAAGCAGAGGCUUGUAACAGAUGGAUAGGUAGAUUAAGUAAUCUCAGUGAAAAAUACAAGUCACCUUCCCAUCUUGAAAGUGCAAAGCAUAUUUUAUUUCUGCUGAAAUCUCUGGGAAACAUGGAGACAGAUGCUAAACUAAUGAGCGUGGUGGACUUCGUUAAUUUGAUUUUUAAUUUGAUACUUCCUGAAUGUUCCCCAAUUGGUUAUGAUGUGAUUUGUGCAAAUGUUUAUUUCAAUAUUAUAGCAAAAACUUUAAAAUCUAUUCUACCUGAAUUUUAUGUAAAAGAUAACAUUAGUGUGCUUGAAUUUAUUUUUACAUUUUUAAAUAACUCUGGAAGGCAAAUACAAAUUCUUGUCAAUGAUUUACUGGAGCACUUGCAGUAUACACCAAAUAAGACCCAUUUUAGUCAGUCACACCAUCGAUUUAACAGCACGUCCAGGAUGUUUCUUAAUCCUUUUCACCAUGAUCGUCUUUCAUCAUUAGAACUUUUGACAGAAAUUCAAACUCUUCUGAAAAAUAAAACUUUUGAAAUCCAAGAAAACAUCUCCUCUCAUUUGGAUACUGAGAUCAAACCUUUCAUGAAUGGGGAAAAUACCAGUUUGUUGAUGGAGUUCUUUCGAGAUGUGAUUAGUAAACUUGACUCAAACUUGCCAGAUGAACAAAAAAAAAUUCUCCAGAAACUGAUAGAAACAGCAGCUCUGAAUUUUGAACUGGUAAGGAAAGCACUUGAAAUUUUCAAGUCUUCUAAUAUUACUGCAUUUCUGUUUAGAGACGAUAAAGAGUUUCUAAAUCAUAUGGUAGCCCUGGUACAAAAUAUGAGGAACAUGGAUGUUGAGUUCUUGAUAAGCCAGUUCAAACAAGUCCAGAGGAGCCUAGAUAACUUCUUUACAAAUAUCAAACCUUUGUAUACUGAAAACUCUGAGUUACGAAUGUUAGCAGACUGGUGGGAUGCAUUUGAGAACAAUUUGUGCAGUUGGAACCUGACUGGCUUAUGGCUAAUAACACGACUUUUUGAACAAGAUGAACUCUAUGAUGUAGAAGAGAUGGUCCAUCUCCUCUUUGAUGUGAUCAGCCUUACAGAAAGAUUAGCUCGUGAAAACAUCACAGAAGCACUAACUGAAGUGUAUGCUUUUGCACUGACUCAGGAAGAAAAAAUGCCAGUGUUUACUGAAGAGGAGUUUUCCAAUCAAGUAGAAAGUCUUCUAAUGUUACUGGAGACACUGUCAGAUAUGUCUAAUGAAUCUGCAGAGGUCUCAAUUUGUUUUUCUGAAGCAUUCUGCUGGACUCUCACAACAGCAACACCGCAAAGUGAUCCCGCUUUUAAACCCUGUGACUUUGUGCAUAGCAAUUCUACUCUUAGUUACAGUGCGGUCAUCAAGUUCAUUAAGGAGCUCAAGCUUAUCACUCUGGAGGACAGUUCCUCAUGCACUAUGGAAGACUUUCAGAUGGAUAUCACUCAUAAUCUGACUUGCUUUUUUAAUCAGAUCAAAGAAUGGAACUCUAUUCUUUUGAAGUUUUCUGAGCUCCAUCAUGUGAAUGGCUCAGUUCUCAAAGAGCUGCUAGAUUUUUGGAAUGAGCUCUCUCUCUAUGCUGUGCCACUGCAGGAGAAUAAUACAUACUCAAUCAACUGCUCUUCCACACCGAAGAGUCAAGUGGCUUUGCAAAUCUUGGAAACACUGGGCAGUAUGCCAGUGGCAGAAAUGGAGAUGGCCAAAGGUGUUCUUGAACAGCUGGUGGGUCUUUAUGGUGGUCUAAAUUUGAGCAGACAUUCAAGAACAUCACUUACAAAGACUGUUCUUACUAAUAUUAAGAAUAUGACCAGUGAAGUUUCUGAACUCCUGGAUACAGUAGCUGUCCAUUCUUUUCUUUCUGCAAUUCAGCCUUUAAUGACACUGUCUUCUGUUGGAAACCAGACUUACCCAAUACUUAUGAUACUAUCAGCUUUAAAUGGAAACAGUAAUAUAUCAGAUAACUUUAAGAACUGGUUUCCUGUAGUUACAAGCAUAGAAGAUUUAUUGGUGAAUUUUAAUGUUAGACACUUACUUGCAGUGAUAGAUCAAGAGUUUAAAUUACUAAGGUUAGCCACUGGGCAGUCCUCUUCAAUGGCUCUUGAUGUUUUAAUACAGCAGUUUAAUACUUCAUCUGUAGAUGGUAUGUUAAGAAGUUUUGAAGACAUACUAGAGAUUGUGAACAGCUCUCUAUGUGAGUGUAACAACAAAAAUUAUUCUAAAAUAAUGCAUGCUCUAAUUCUCCUUAUGGCUAAUGAAAAUUCGUCAAGUGAUUUACUGCUCGUUGUCAAAGAUGUCAUUGAAUUUCUGGAACUAUUCCAAAAAAAGUCUAAGGAAGAUUAUUCUGGCAUAUUUUUUGGUGAUGGUCAUCUCAGCAGAGAAAAAAUGAAUAAUACUGAUACUGCUAGUUCAGUUUUGAUAAACAGUCUCCUUCAUAUAAUUGCUGAUCUUUCUGCUAUAGAAGAAGCUCUGCAUACAGACAAUAUUGGGCUUCAGAUAGUUGACUUCAUUGAUGCAUUUUUUGAUAACUCACAAUAUAGAGAAGUUUCUACUCAGUCGCAAAACAGAACUCUGGAGAUCAUGCAAAAGACCUUGCAAAUGGUAUUUCAGUCUACCACAGAACACGACAGGAACAAAAUAACCUUCUUAUUAAAGGAUUUGCCUAAGGAUAUAAUGGCGGAAAUGAGAGCAUCUAAAGUCUGCAAGAUUCUUCAGAAACAUUUACAUCCUGCUGAUGUUCUACUGUUGCAGAAGUUGCAGUUUACCAUUUUGAAUGUUCUUAAAAUCUUUUCAGAAGAACCAGUUGUCACUGGCAACCUUUUCUGUGUUGUUACAAAGUGUAAAGAUGGAUUAACAAGUCACUUACUCCUCUCUGUCAUUGAAGGAAUUACUCUGGUUCAAGAUCAUUAUCAGGAUAUUGAAAGAAUGUGGCCUGCUUUCAACAAGGCAGAUUGUGAAACUAUGGCAUAUAUAAACCAAAAACUUUCCAAAACUUUGGAGAACUUCCUGAGCUCUUUGCAGAAUACCAGCAAGGGCAGCUGUGAAUGUCCGCUCAUCUUGGGGGACAUACAGAGACAACUGCAAAUGGUGGCUGAAAAUUUGGAGCUACGGUUGUCAGAAAAUCCAGCAACAGCUUUUCUCAGUGAUUUUAAUCUUUUGAAUGAUGUGAAAGUCAAAGAGUGUGUGCAAAAUCUUACUCAAUUGAGAUUGGACAUUGGUUCUUCUGUUAAUAUUUCUGAAGAAACUAUCAGUACCAUCUUGGAAGCCAGUAUCUCUCAUUCAAAGCUUUUUUACAGUGCCUUUGCGGUAGCUUUAACUGGAAAAUGUGAUGAAGAAGUACUUAGCCUGCUGCUAAAGCUACCUGAGAACAGUAGAACUUCUAUGGUGGCGGAAGAAUUAUGUUCUUUACCAGCACUGGACUUAUAUACCAUGUUUGUACUGAUUAUACAGAACUUGAACUUGCGUCAGAUCAUUUACAAGGUUAAGAUACCAUCUGAGAUAGGCAAUAUACUAAACAUACUACUGGAUGUGGUUUCUAGUAUCAGCUCUCUUCUCAAUAAAGUCAAUCAUGUCAUGGAAAACCUUCCAGUGUUCCUCCAAGGAAUUCAAAAUAUUGAUGUGCUUGACAUCUCUGCGUUGCAGCAGUUCUUACAAGGUGGGCAGUUCAGAAGUUCAGCUGUUGGAUCUCUGGAGUCUGUUAUCAAGGCAGUGUGUAAAGAAGAAUCUUCAUUUUUCAGCAAUACAAACCUAUUCAUUGACAUGCCCAGAAUCACAGGAAACUUGGAGGACAAUAUGGCAAAAUAUGGCAUUCCCGAAGACUCAACUCCUUUUUGCUUGAAGCUUUACCAGGAGAUUUUGCAGUCUUCUAAUGGGGCUUUGCUAUGGACUUUCCUUAAACCUUUACUACAUGGGAAAAUACUGUACAAUUCCAACAUCAGCGUGAUUGACCUGGUGAUGGAGAAGGCUAAUUUCACUUUUAGAUUUGUGGAAAACUUGAAGACUUAUUCUGAGACAUGGCUUAGGAUGUCCGAGGUUUUUAAAACCAGUGGAAAUGUCCUCAGGGUCUCAAGACUACAGGAAGCACUGCAAAGCAAUUUCAUAAAGCACUUUAUAGAAAGUAAUUUGGAUAUUGACAUGGAAAAACUCUUUAAAGAAAUACAAGUAUAUGAAACGAUGAUGAACGAGAUGUUUAACAGCUCAGCAAGUAAACAAAUUGACCUGUUGUCACAGCUUGUGGUAAAUAUAUCUUCCUGUGUGUUACUCGACCGUUUCCAGCCUUUUGACUCUGUUGAGAAACUGGAGGAGAAGGCUCAUGAACUCAUGCGGCAAAAUAAUUUUUUGGCUAGUAUCAUCUUCGAUACACCAAAGAACAAGACACAAGAUUCUAGCAACCUCCUUCCACAACACAUUUCAUAUACAAUUAGAACCAGUGUUCUCUAUAGCAUGAGAACAGAUUUGAUUAAAAACCCAGCGUGGAAAUCGCAUCCUCAGAAGUUGCCAGCUGACGGGUUUAAAUACAACCACAUCUUUAUUCCUCUUCAAGAAAUGAUUGAAAGGGCAAUUAUUUCAGCACAAACGGGGACAGAAAGCUCAGAGCCAGCCGUUCAGGUGCAAGCCAUGCCUUACCCUUGUCAUACCAGUGAUUUAUUCCUGAACAAUAUAGGUUUUUUUUUUCCACUUAUUAUGAUGUUAACAUGGAUGGUUUCAGUUGCUGGCAUGGUUCGCAAGUUGGUUUAUGAAAGAGAAAUUCAUCUUGAAGAGUAUAUGAAGACAAUGGGUGUUCAUCCAGCCAUUCAUUUCUUUGCUUGGUUUCUGGAGAAUGUCAUUGUGCUCACAAUAAGCAGCUGUGCUCCGGCCAUCAUUUUAAAAGCAAGUGGUAUCUUUGCUCAUAGCAAUGGAUUCCUCAUCUUCCUUUUUAUCCUGGAUUUUGGAGUUACAGUUAUUAUGUUAAGCUAUUUUUUGGGAGCAUUUUUUAGCAGUGCCGAUACAGCAGCUCUGUGUGCCAGCCUUGUGUAUAUGAUCAGUUUUUUACCCUAUAUAGUUUUGUUGGUCUUGCAGAACCAGUUGAGUUUCACCAACCAGAUUAUAAUGUGUCUUCUGUCUACAACUGCAUUUGGGCAAGGAGUAUUUUUCAUUACGUUCUUUGAGGGCCAAGAAAUAGGAAUUCAGUGGAAUAAUGUGCACCAGUCAAUGGCACAAGGAGGAUACAUGACCUUUGGAUGGAUGUGCUGGAUGAUGUUUUUUGACUCCAUUUUAUAUUCUAUAGGUGGUUGGUAUUUCAGCAACAUUAUUCCUGGAAAAUCUGGAUUAAAGAACCAAUGGUACUUCCCUUUUACCAUUUCCUACUGGAAAAACCUAUGUGGUGCAGAGAGGAGGAAGAGACAUUAUCUGAAUUCUAAUAUGUUUUUCUUCAAUGAAAGCUUCCAAGAAAGAGAACCAGCACCUCCAAGCUGGAAAGGCCCUCGCAUGGAAGGAGCCACUAUUGGUGUUGUGUUGCUGUCUCUGACAAAAGAGCACGUGGACAGCCAGAAAGCUGCUGUUAAAGGUCUCAGCCUCACUUUCCACAGAGGUCAGAUAACAGCACUCUUGGGACCUAAUGGAGCUGGCAAGACAACAGUUAUAUCACUGUUGACUGGCCUAUAUCCACCAAGCUCUGGUACCAUUAUUAUUAAUGGAAAGGACAUACGUACUGAUCUGGCUGCCAUCAGGACAGAGCUGGGUGUUUGCCCACAAUAUGAUGUCUUGUUCAACAUACUAACAGUACGAGAACAUCUACUGCUUUAUGGAUCUGUGAAGGCACCUGGCUGGACGAAGGAACAGUUGAAUCAGCAAGUCAGUGGAGCUCUGGAAGAUGUGGAUUUAUCCCAACAUCAGUACAAACCUGUUGGAGCCCUUUCUGGGGGAAUGAAAAGGAGACUGUCAAUUGCCAUCUCCUUUAUUGGAAACUCGAAGACAGUUAUUCUAGAUGAGCCUACCAGUGGAGUAGAUCCAUGUUCUCGACGUAGCAUCUGGAAUGUUCUUCUGAAGUACAAAUCUGGUUGCACACUGAUCUUUACCACUCACCAUCUUGAUGAGGCAGAGGUGCUCAGUGACCGCAUUGCCAUCCUGCAGCAUGGCCAGCUGAGGUGCUGUGGUUCUCCCUCUUAUCUGAGAGAAACAUACGGCCAGGGACACAGUCUAACGCUCAUAAAGAAGCCCUCUCUGUUUGAAAUCCAGGAUCCUAAGCAUAUUGUUCGCGUCACAUCUUUGGUACAGACCCACAUCCCAGAAGCCUUCUUGAAAGAGAAUAGUGGGACUGAGCUGACCUAUGUAAUUCCAGAAAUGGCAGAUAAGACCUCCUUUAAAGCUCUGUUUCAGGCUUUAGAUCAAAGCCUUCAUCAUCUACAUGUGACUGGCUAUGGCAUUUCUGACACCACCUUGGAAGAGGUAUUUCUGAAGCUACUGCAGGACUCAGAGAAGAUGCCCUAUGUUCCACGGACAGCACACCUAGGCCAUACAAAUAGUGCUGAAUCAGCCUGUAUCUCACUUAUGGGAGCCUCAAGUGUACGUGGAGCCCAUCUUGUUCUCACACAGAUUGUUGCCCUUCUGAUGAAGAGGUUUCGCCAUGCUGGGCGAGACUGGAGAGGAAGCCUUUCAAAUGUGCUGCUGCCUGUCCUCUUUGUUGCCCUGGCAAUGGCCUUGUUUAGUGUGAAACCACUGGCUAUUGAUUAUCCUUCUCUCAAGCUGACACCGAGACUUUAUGACAAUGCAGAAUCCUUCUUUAGCACUGAAGAUGAUAACCUAGGAAACCUUUCUCAGAUUCUACUGAGAUAUUUCUCUGAUUGGGAUCGCACAUGCAUGCAUUCAAAACAAGGGAAAAAUAAUUCAUGUUGGCAGAUGGAACCUACAUCACCCGAGGAUUUAUGUGGAUGUGUGGCUGAACAAGAGAUGUGUCCAAGUUUUAAUAUGUCUGCUCCCUAUAUGAAGAAUAAGAAAGGACAUAUUUUGUAUAAUCUUUCAGGGUUCCUUGUGGAAGAAUAUUUAGUGAGGCCUUCCAACAAAGCAAGAUAUGGUGGUUGGUCUUUUGGAGGAAGGAAAACAUUUGAGCUUCAAGAUAAAAAAUUGAAUAACACCAAACCUAAGCCUCUGGCUAAGGUGUGGUACAACCAAAAAGGUUUCCAUUCGCUGCCAUCUUACUUGAAUGAACUCAAUAACUUAAUUCUGUGGAUGAAUUUGCCUCCUAAUGUGGACUGGAGACAGUAUGGGAUCACACUCUACAGCCAACCAUAUGGUGGAGCUUUGCUGGAUGAGGACAAAAUAAUGGAGAAUGUUCGUCAGUGUGGGGUAGCACUGUGUAUCAUGCUGGGUUUCUCUGUCCUUACUGCGUCCAUCGGAAGUGCCACAGUGAAAGACAGAGUAUCUGGCAUGAAACGCUUGCAGCACAUCACAGGCCUGGGCUACAAAACUUAUUGGCUUGCUAACUUCUGCUGUGAUAUGCUGUUUUACUUGGUUCCAGUCACCCUGUGUGUUGGUGUUAUUAGUGCCUUCCAGCUAUCAGCCUUCACUUUCCGAAAGAACCUGGCAGCCAUUGGCCUCCUGCUGAUCCUUUUUGGGUAUGCAACUUUACCGUGGAUGUAUCUUGUAUCCAGAUUAUUUUCAAGUUCAGAUGUAGCUUUUAUUUGCUACAUCUCCUUAAAUUUUGUGUUUGGCCUGUGUACCAUGCUGGUGACUCUCUUACCUCGUUUGUUAGCUAUAAUUUCCAAAGUGCAGACUUUUCAGAACAUCUACAAUAUCCUCAAAUGGACAUUCAUUGUAUUCCCACAAUUCUGCUUAGGCCAGGGUUUAAUAGAGCUUUCAUACAAUCAGAUCAAGUUUGACCUGACCAGCAGCUUUGGAAUAGAUUCAUACGUGAGCCCCUUUGAGAUGAACUUCCUGGGCUGGAUUUUUGUGGAAAUGGCCCUGCAGGGAACACUACUUCUUCUUUUACGGCUUUUUCUUCAUUGGGAUCUCCUCCAGAAACCAAGGGGGCAGUGUUCACUUAACAGCAUGAUCAGCUCUUCAGAAGAUGUUGAUGUAGAAAUGGAGAGACAACGACUCUUUGGUGGAAGAACUGGUAAUGAUAUCCUUCUUCUGUACAACCUCAGGAAGUGUUAUGGAGGUUUCAGUAAGAAGAAUAUCGCUGUGGAAAGUGUAAGCUUGGGAAUACCAAGGGGAGAGUGUUUUGGACUCCUGGGAACAAAUGGAGCUGGGAAAAGCACAACAUUUAAGAUGCUGACUGGAGAUAUCAUCCCAUCCUCAGGACGUGCUGUUAUCAGGACUCCUACAGGGUCGGAAAUGGAUAUACUGUCUGCCAGUUCUGAAGGCAUUCUCAUUGGCUAUUGUCCACAGCAAGAUGCCCUGGAUGAACUUUUAACGGGUUGGGAGCAUCUUUAUUAUUACUGCACACUGCGUGGAAUUCCAAAACAGGAUAUCCGUAAGGUUGCGGAGGACCUUGUUACCCGGUUACACCUCAAUGCCCAUGCUGACCAACUGGUGAGAACAUACAGUGCUGGCACAAAGAGGAAGCUCUCUACUGCUGUGGCUUUAGUUGGUAAGCCACAAAUACUUUUACUGGACGAACCCAGCUCUGGAAUGGAUCCCUGCUCUAAACGCUACCUUUGGAAAACCAUCCUGAAGGAAGUUCAGGAUGGCUGUGCGGCCGUGCUGACAUCCCACAGUAUGGAAGAAUGUGAAGCCCUCUGCACACGCCUUGCUAUUAUGGUCAAUGGAAGUUUCAAGUGUCUUGGUUCUCCCCAGCACAUUAAAAACAGGUUUGGAGAUGGCUAUUCUGUCAAGGUUUGGCUUAGUAAAGAAAUAAGCUAUCAAAGAAUGAUUUUGGACCAUCUACAACUGCAUUUUCCUGGAACACAGUUUAAGGGACAGCAUCUCAACUUGCUUGAGUACCAUAUACCACGAAGUCAGGGAUGCUUAGCAGAGCUCUUCAGAGUCCUAGAGAACCACAAAGCCAUUCUCCAAAUCAAACACUACUCCAUUAGCCAGACCACGUUAGAGGAGGUAUUCAUUAACUUCGCUACACAACAGCAAGGAGUUCUGCAUUCUUCACAAGAAUCUCCUGUUCUUCAUCAUGACCACCUGCCAGUCUAGGCUCAAAAGAGGAUACAGCUUCAGCAGCAUAUGUGUGUGUGUGUGUGUCUCUGUUUGUGUCUGUAUACGUGCAUUUUACAUGUAAUAACUUUCCAGCUGUCAACAAUUUGUGUAUGAGAAACACACAGUAGAAGCAGAAGUGAGUUUGCAUUUGUAGGCCAGAAGGAAUGCUACCAGUUCUCAGUAAAACAAGAAACUGCUACAUGCAGACCAAAAAUCUGCCAAAAAUUGACUGGAAUUCUAUAAUACAAAUGGCCUAAUUAAUGCAGGUUUGUAGGGGAAAAAAAAAUCUGAUCUGAAAUGUCACAGUGUAUAGUAGAUUUUUUUUUUGCAGUAAUAGAUCUAUAUUCAUUUGACUACAGUAAUCUCUUGCAUGCACACUUAACAUCUAAUUUUCACAUGACAAGGCAAGAAAAACCCAUUAAAUUGUAGCAAUAGCUAGGCUAUCACCCAGUAUUUGUAUUUAAUAGCUCAAAUUGAGAGCCUUUUGACUCAUGUAUUAAUUUAGUUCUGUGUUGUGACAAGCUAAAUUAGCCUUUUUAUUGUAUAGAGGAUGCACUGUAUUCCAUAAGAUUUUAUGUUAAAGAGAUUAUUAGUGUACUAGUCUGCCUCCCAGUUAUCUUAAGUAAAUUUAACAAGGUUUCAUAAAUCAUACUUGACAAUUUUUCCCUUAUGCCUGCAGGUUGCUGCUGUAGGAAUUCUCAAGUAUCUUUUUAAUGAUCUAUUUCCUUUUUCUCAUAUUUUUUUUUCCCAAAAGAGUGUCAAAAUUCUGUUUAAUAAGCAUGUUAGAAGAAAAUCAGAUAAGCAUUCAGACAUUGAUCAAUAAACUGUUCAAUAAAUGUAUAUUAUGAUGCUAGAUACUUCAGACAAGGUCAUGUUACAGCCUUCAGCCUAUACAUACAUAAACACAGCAACUAUUUAAUGAAUAAAAUCUCCUUUUGUAUUGUAGUGGGAGAGAAAAAUAUGAAAGAACUUUGCAGUAAACUGCUGCCUCUUCAAAUAUAAGUCUUUGGGGCUCCCAUGAAAAGUAGCUUAUGCCACUUUUAUUGGACUGUGUUAUCUGAUAGUUGAAAUUGUACAACUGGUGACUUAGAAGUGAAUGGCUGGAAUAUCAUUCUGGGCUGGAGUGGGUGUGGCAGUAAACUUUGAGAUGGAAUAAUUUUAUUUUAAAUGAAAAAUUAUGCAGUGCUACUGCUUUAAAUCUCUACUGUAUGAUGAUGACAUAUUAAAGAAUAUACUUCCGUGGUUUAGGCUUUGCAAGC